UUUCGUUUCCCAACGGAGUUGGACUCCCUGGACCGCGGAAGUAAGAAGACCAUGCGUGUUGUAUGGGAAUUUGUCGAAUUGUGUACAACAUUGGCGUAUUAAAGUAAUCGAGGCGCCCUUGCGAAUGACGUUGAUUUGUAACGUUCUCAAUACAUUUAUAACCUUGUAAUUUCCGAUUAGGGGAAAACGUAUCGCUUAAACGCCGCCAGCCAGCUAUCAUGAAGAUCAAGCGACAGAAACAAGCCAAGAAAACAUUAUCCUUUUACAAAUACAAUUUUAACUUCAGGGAACCCCAUCAGAUUCUUAUUGAUGGAACUUUCUGUCAAGCGGCAUUGAAGAACAAGAUUCAAAUCAAGGAGCAAAUGCCGAAGUAUCUUAUGGGCGAGGUACAGCUUUGCACCACCAACUGCGCUCUGAAAGAACUGGACACACUGGAAAAAGAGCUCUAUGGGGCCAAACUCAUUUUGCAGCGGUAUCAAGUGAGGAAAUGUCAGCAUUUCAAGAACCCCGUUCCUGCGUCGCAGUGUCUGCUUUCUAUGCUGGAGGACACAAACCCGCAUCACUACUUUGUUGCCACGCAGGACUUCAAGCUGACAACAGGUCUUAAGAAGAUCCCAGGCGUACCUCUGCUGUACAUCAUCCUCAACACGAUGGUGCUGGAAAAACCCAGCCAGUCGUCGCUCGACCAGGUCCAGGCCGCCCAGCUGGGCGGGCUCAUGAGCCCGGCACAGCAGCAGAGACUUUGCAGCAUGAAAGAGGAUCAGGGCAUCGCCCAGAAAGGCGGGGAGAGACGGGGAAAGAAGAGGAAGAGGAAACAGCACAAUCCAAACCCCCUCAGCUGCCUCAAGAAGAAGAAGAAGAAAAGCGGGCCGACACCGCCGCUUAAAAAAACUGAGCAAGCUCACAAGAGGACUCGGAGCAGACACAAGAAACGUGCAACACCAGGAGAAGAUCAUGUUUCCACUUCCUCGGUUCAAAAGCCAUCAAAUCGACUCGAGUGAAUACGUCCAAAAUGUGUUUUCGUCUUUGACAGAAUUUUCGACAGUAAAGUAUGUGAACUUAAAGGCCCCGUAUUUUGGCUAUUUAGGCCUCCAUAGAGAGAUUCCUUAACAUGGAUUUAGAGUAUGAAAGUCUCCAUUUGAUUUAAAAAAAUAAAAUAAAAAAUACCUUAGUUUUCUCAAAGAAAAGGCCCCUCUGAAGGCUACUUCUGUUUGACCCAGUUGUGUGUCUGCUUUGUCCAUAGUUGGCGAACACCGCCCCCUUUCCUCUGGUUGCUUCUGUGUAGUAGACCCGUUUUCGAGAGCCCGUGUUUGUUAUGUUGACAGCGCUGGCUCGGGAGCGGAAAGGGAAGGCGGAGAUAUCCGCUAGAUAAGCUUGAGAAAUUCGACUGACUUGAUUACAGGCCUCUCGGCAGAAACACGUCUGGGAUUCAGGAAUGCGUGGACGAUUUGAAUUCGUAUUUCACGUGGUUACUGAGACACCAUCCAGACAAUAUUACAUCCCAAAUACUAAAAAAAAGGUUGGUUUGGCAAAGUAUGUCCCCUUUAAUCAUAGUCAAUUGGAUUCCAACAGUGACCAUUUUACAAUUGACACUGUUGCAUGACUUCAAAAUUAAAUAAACAAUUGACAAUUUGUACUACUGCAUUUGAGAAACUGGUAUCAACACUCUUUAGUGUUGCUGACAGUGUAGUGGUUCACCUGUUUGACUUCUUGGGUUCAUUUCGCACUUAAUGGCGGUGCGAGUGUUUGUCUGUCUCCAGUCCCUGCAACCCUAAACAGGAUAACUGCGAUAGAAAAUGAAUUUAUUGAUGGCAUCCACAGAGUAGUACUUGCAAUAUAUGACGUGGAUGACUGAUAAUCUACGCAGACAGCAGCAGCCAUAUUUCAGUACCACAGUUGUGAGUUUUGAGAUUCAAAUCUCUGCUCGGUGGGCUUUCGCAUGGGUCCUCAGGCUUCGUCCUAAUUGAAGACUCAAUUGUCCACAGGUGUGAAUGUUUGUCAACAGGAGUCCUGUGGUUGGCUUCCAAUACAGGGCUUUAUCCAAUUUCUUGGCCCAAAGUCAGCUCUGCUCCAGCUUACUCAGUGACCCUAAUGAGGACAAGCGAACGGAAAUGGAUGGUUGGAGUUCAACUACAUUCAGGCAAAUGUUGAUAUUGUCUCUUAAUAUGUGCAAAGUUCAGAUUUGUGCACUGAUAGCAACAAUCAAUAUGUGAAAACCUUACAUCGGUGUGAUUUUGAAUAAAAUAGUACGUGACAACGCAUGUCUAAAUUAUGAAAAAGAUGUUGAUAACGAUCUGCAAUAUCGUAUGGACGUGCAACAACAGCUGCAUCCUUACCUGGAUUUACCACUAGACGGCAGCAGAGUUGCUCUGUUGGAGGAGGAAGUGCAGCAUAAUUUAGAUAUUUGAUACAUUAGUAUUUGUUUAAGAAACAGCAAGUCACGUUAAUGUGUGUACAUAUAUAAUAAUAAUAAUAGCAGUAGUUGACACAGAGUGAUGAAAUAUUUUAACCAUGAUUUCUUUGGCACGUGCCAUUGUGUGCUGCACAUAAGUCAACAGCUUUAAAACUAAAGGAAAUCUCACUAAUUUUUUUUUUUUUUUUUUGUCCCGUUCAGCUGUUAGGUCAAGCAGAAUGGAGGAUCUGCAUCCCUUUUAUGCCGGAACAGUUUUACCUCGCACAGUGGAGGUUUUGAGUUUUGAGCUGCCGCUGUGGUUUCUUGGUAUUUGGUAUUUGGUAUGGAUAUUUAUUGAGAAUCGAGAGUCGAUCAGUCGAACAGAACCAAGUUUCUAGAGGGGAGUGAGAAAAGAAGACAAAAUACAAAGCAACUAACUGUAAACAAGAUGAGAACAAUUCAUCCUAGAACAAUGAAGCAUUAGAUAUGAGUUGUGUUGUGCUACACCCUGUGAGGGAAGGACAGGAGAAGGAGCAUGCUGCACAAGGGUCAUGAACCCGGCUGUACAACUGAAGUGUGGUGGGGUUAACUAUGUAAAUUAUACAAGUCUAAGGACGAGAGUAUGAGUGAGGGGAUACCCAGGCAAUUCGCGUAUUUGUGAGUUAUUUGUCACAAUAAGUGAGUGGCCCCACAACCAGCGAAAAAGUCCCAGGGAUGUGUGCCUGUGGACACGUGCAAGUGAACUGACGCCGUUUUGCAUGCACAAUGACUGACAGAGGUGUCCUGUAAUUGCUGUGCCUGCACUGCAGUGGCCGAGGACCCCACCCAAACAACCGAGAGGCGGGAUCAGGCCCAGGAGUCCACCCGAGAGCAGCCCGGCGGACGGGACGCGUCCCGCACUGAGGGACCCAGGGAGGUCCGCCGGCCCCACUGAGGCGCCACAACCACCUGGCCACCUGGAGAAGGCUGCAGGGACCCAAUGCCACCCUACUAGCCAACCCCCUCCCCACUCACCGCCCCCGACUGGUAGUCAUUGGCCCUACCUCGUCUUUCAGUGCCCCCUCCUGAGUGGUGUGGUGCAUUAAAAUCUGGAGAGGCCAGUGAGCCCGGGCAGGGGGGCACGGCUGCCAGGCACUGCUGGCUAACAGCCAAAUAUCCCUCCCCCGACCCCCCCACCCAAGACCCACCGUACACAUGGAUGUAUGUGGUGCAUUAAAACAUGGGGAUGAGUGUGUGUGACGCAUUAAAAUCCUGGGGGAAAGGCAGGGCAGAGGGACAUGGCGCCCGGACCGUGUUUCAGCACGUCAGUGCUAAAACACCAGCACCCUCCCGACCCCACACCAGUCCCCCAGGAAUCCCUGGAUAUGUAUGUGUGCCCAGAUGAAAUAUUUACAGUGAGUGGUGUGAGUGUGUGCUAGGUGAGUGAUUAAGAGGCAUGGCUCCUGCAGGUCGGGGCCAUUAGGCAGGACAACCACAGACGAAGAGGGCCGCUCCACCCAGCCCCGCAACACCGGCCCCGGGACACCCCGACAUUCCAGCCAGCACCCGAUACCCGUCUCCGAGUGUGGGAGGUAAAUAAACAAAGGCAGGCCCACAGGGGACCACACCCACCCACGAGAAGAGGAAGAGGUGACUGCAGCGGGGCGCAAGGAAUGGAGAGAAGUGGAGGAAGCAGGCCUGAGGAGCGACAGGGGAGCCCCACCGCCCCCACCAGUAGCCAGAGCGGGGGACCUAGUCGGGCGCCAGCUGGCACCGCUCCAGCACCCAAGGAACAUAGGCGAGUCCACCAUCACACCAUUAAUGCUCUCCGGGAGGUCAAUCCAGUGGCUCCACCCCCCAAGAUCGGGAAGGAAGUCCCGUCCCCACAGACGCCGGAACCUUAAGCACAGGGUCAAGAAGAGAAGAUCCCCCACUCUCAACAAAUUUGAAUAGCCUCCCAUUCAUUCAUCCGGUGUCCAAUUGUGGCCAAAAGUGUUGGCUUGGUCCUGACUCAAAUUUGUAACUUUUAUUGUAGGUUUUUACAGGCUAUUAUUACCCUUACAUGAAUGAAAAAAAUUGUUUACUGAACAUUGCUGACCCUUUUCAAGUAGACUGCUAGUAUGGUUGUCACAGUCUUUGAAUUUGAAAAAAAGCAACAUUGCAUAACAUAACAUUGCUUGCAUGCUUAUCGUCAGGCACAUUUUUUGUCAGUGGCCACAUUCGGUAUGAUUUCCCUUAGAGGGCCUUUCAUCGCUUCCUCAUACUAUUAUGUAUACACACAAAAUUGAUCAAUAACUAGUUUUGAAAUCAGAAGUCAAUGAUAAUAGUUUGUUCAACUAUUGUUGAAGUUACUGUAAAAAAAAACACUAACCCUGAUCAAAAUUGUCCAUCCUUGACAAACACUGUAGUGUGAGCACCAGCUGGCUGGCCGCUACAUUUUGUCAAAGGGGAGAAUAAUUUUUUUUUUUUAAGCAACCAAAUCAUAGGUUUGGCGACACCACUGGUAUUGGUCGAUUCCUGGAUCAAACACCUGUUCUGAAUUUUGCCCUUCAACUCCUUGUUAUAGGUAUGCGAAAAGUGCUGAAACAUCCAACAUUUGCACAUUGAGGUCAAGUGAACUUCACCUGUAAAGGUUAUUGUGCACUUUAUGUACUUCCUAAAAUUUCACCUGAAAGCCUAACAUAGUAGUGUACCACACACAAUCAAAUAGGUUAAGGGUGUCAGUAUGAUGAGGUGUGCAAACAGUGCUGCAACUUCCCAUGGAAAGUUGCUGGAAAGCUACCAGAAAUCUAGCGGAAAUUUUCCAUCCCUUACCAAAUCCUUAGGGCUUACAUGUCAAAGUGUCUCCGUCUUUCUCUCGCACGGCUGCAUGCGCUCGUGUUGUUUCACGUGACAUUGCUGAAAGCAACAAACUGAAGAAUAGAACCGAUCCACUUGUAGCGCUGACUGAUUGUGUCGUCUGCUCGCAGUCAGGCCCGUAAGUUAGACCCCUGUCUCAUCUCUACACAAAAAGUCAGAGGAAAAACUGCUCACAGCUGCCAAAAAAACCCACCCCACAUAGCCUAUGGGGAAUGGACUUAACUUGGACACAAAGGGCCUGGUUGUAUUUCACUGUAGGAUGGCCUUUGUGCUGGGGAAUUGGCGAACACUGGAGCAAUGUCUCGCUCCUGGCCGGACCUGUCUGCCUCCUAAGCUUGACAAGCAGGUCUUAUUCAGGCAGCAAAGCCCUCUGCAGCGUCCAUGGGGGGCUUUGAUGGAUUUGGUGUGUGCUGUACAUCAGGGCGACCAAAAGAGAGCUCCUUUGCAACACAUUUCUCACAGUUGAGUUGUAUGGGGGCGGCAUUGAAUGAGAACCAAAAAAAAAAAAAGUGGGGGAGGGUGUGGUGGCUUAAGUUAGGAUGGGAAGAAGGGAGGGGGGUCUUUUCAGUUCUUAUUGGAAGCAACAAUAGUCUUUGUUCGAGAUCUUCUACCAUUCUUAUUAGGGCUAACCAAGGGAGGAGGGGGCACCAAGGCGGAGGGGUGUUUCUCCAUAGUAACAAUGACAAAACAAGGCAGCGCCACACGAGGCGGGCAGAGCGAGUGUUGAAGCUCGGUGGCGGUACAAGGAGGAGCGCAAGAGGAGCUCUGGACAUAGUUUGACGACCGGCCUAAAAACUGGAAGGCGACACAUGAGGGUCACCGUCCUGCACAAGUCCUCUCACAGCUUCCAGCAUGGACCGUGACAGCCACAGCGAGGACACCUUGUCCACCAUGGUCCUGGAAAACAUCAAGAACAAAAUGAUUGAUGCCUUCAGGGCCAGUGGAGAAUCUCGAGAUCCACGUGAGGAUGAGGCCGCCCGCGCGAGGCAGCUCAGCAUCAGCAGGAGUCAUCAAGCCAAUGAGGAGCUGAGGAGGGCGCAGAUAGACGGAGCCAUCACUUGGCUGAGGUCUGAACUGUUGGAGAUGCGCUCACAGGACCUCCAGCUGGCUCAAACGCUGCUGGGACUCAACACAGAGAUCCAAAGACUGAGGAGGGAGAGUUACGGAGGUGUGGAGGAUGCAGGAGAUCAUCAGCAGUAAAUACCGGAGGGCCGAUAAAAGGGCUGAAAAAUUCUGAUGCUUUGUGAGAUUGAAAUACUGUGCUUUUAAAUGAUGAUUGGAUGUAUGGCUGAGUAAUGGUCUAUUAUAAUAAAGAUGAAAUAAAUUGACACCAAUUGCAUAUCAAGUAAGCCAGUCAAGAAUAAAAGGCUGAAUUUG